UGUGGCAAUUUGCUUUAACCGACUCAGUGAGAUUCUCCUGCAUUCACAGAGAGCGUACUACUAUCCAUGCUGCUCCUGGAAGACUUAUGAGAGUGACGGCAUCAGAAGACAUGUACGAACCCGACAUCUAUAGACAACAAAUGUCAGAAUAUUCAUAUCCGUAUGUCAUCGAUGCAGAGAGUCAAGGAGAACACUGGGACUAUCACGCCACUCAUCAUGCUCAUCCUCUGGACUUUGACAACCUCCCAGAGGGCCACUUCACUGAGCUCCAGAGUGUCCAGCAGCUACAUCUACCCAGUAUGGCUCGUUACAGCGAUGUUGACACUCUCUCUCUGGACCCUGGCCUUGGGGGACACAACCAUGCCCUACCCCCACCGGUGCCAUAUUACCCUCGUGCCAUGGGCUACUUGCACCCCUCUCCUCAGACGAUGAGGAGCUCAGAUGACGAGGAGCCAGGAGGCCGCAGCCCUCCACUAGAAGUGUCUGAUGAAGAGUGUCUGAGGGACCACAUUGCCCACGUAACAAGGGGAGAAUUGGGCAACAAGAAGAAGAUCCGUCUCUACCAGUUCCUGCUGGAUCUGCUGAGGAAUGGGGACAUGAAGGACAGUAUCUGGUGGGUGGACAGGGACAAGGGCACCUUCCAGUUCUCCUCGAAACACAAGGAGGCACUGGCACAUCGGUGGGGCGUACAGAAGGGCAAUCGCAAGAAAAUGACCUACCAGAAGAUGGCACGGGCUCUUCGCAACUAUGGCAAGACAGGCGAGGUCAAAAAGGUCAAGAAGAAGCUGACUUAUCAGUUCAGUGGUGAAGUGCUGGGCGGGAGGUCUCACUUGGAGAGGAGGCCAUAUUCCCAUUUGUAGAGGGAGAAACAUAGUGGAAGUCCUGAAGAAGGGUAGAGUGAGAGAGAGAGAGAGAGAGAGAGAGAGAGAUAGUUAACUGUAUAUAGUAUGCAAGAUGGUUAUCAAUGUAAUAACUGUUGAUUGUGCUCAAAUCAACAAUAACUGUUUUUGCUGCUCUUGUAAAAAGCAUUUAUGUGAACGUCAAAGCCAAUGUCUUAAUGGAAUCUGACAAUUAGCAAGUUUUGCUCCUACAACUCAAUGAUUGCACAAUCACAUCUAUAGCACGUAGAAACAGCACCGUUUCAAAUGAUACUGUCAAUCAUUAUCACCAGAAAGCUUACAGGAGUGGUAAUACAGAUGACCACUAGAAGUCCUCAGAGAUCUCCUUUCUUAAAGCUGUCUGUGUUCACUGACUUCUACGCACUGUUGGACUCACUGACCAUUGUGCACAUUUGACAUCGAUUAGACUUGGAUGCAAUGUAAACAAAGAAAAAGACUGUGAUAAAGAACUCUUUAGCAUUAAUGAAAUUGAUUUGACACUCUGAGAUGCACUGACUUUGGAUACGCAAUUCCUCUUGCUUAACCUUUGGUGUAGCAGCACACAAACACAACAUAUUAUACAUUAGCUUUUGCUAAUCAGAAUUGAGAAUUCAGCCAAGCCGUGGUAUAAAGCUUGUAUAUUUGAUUGAUGGUAUUACAUGUGUAUUUCAUACUAACUCAUGUUAGCUCAAGACUUUGGGAAGUAAACCCUUCUGAACAUUGGGAGGUUUAACCUGCAAACUUUUUGGACUGUCCCCUUGACCAUUACUUCCCUGUAACAACCCAUUGACUUGUUCCUGAAAUGGGAGAGGGUGAAGAGGCUUGUCACCCAGCCCUUAUCAUCUGCUUGUGUUCUGAGAUAUAGCACAGACCCUUGCCUCCUCCGAGCUGGGGUGCAAUCUAUUCCUAGCCUAGGAAUACCAACACAGGGAUAUUUCUCCCAUGCUCUCAAUCAUAGACCCCUGUUUGAACUGUAUGAAAGUGUAUAUGACCAGUUAUUUUCCCGUACUCUAUGUGCUCUCUGUAUAAUGCAUGUUGGCAUGUUUGUAUGUUGGCAUGACUCAGUUACAUAUCUGCACGUGAUGAACUCAAAAGCAUUUCUAUUUCUCACACGUCAUGUGGUUUUAGUCGACUCAUCCUCACAUUGUUCCAGCACAUCACAGACUGGCUUUAGCAAAUACUCUGGGAAUCACAGCCAUGUACGCAGAACCCCAGUGGCCGAGCCAGAUAAUAUAUAGACAUGUGGGCAGCCGUGGAAACUUUACUGGGCCCACUGGCAGCAUACAAGGCCACCCCGUCCUCCACCAUCCACCCACCCCCAGCCCAGUUAUGUGGCAGCCGAAGCCUGUAGGUGUAAAUAAUUCUGGGUGCUGACACAGCUCUAUGAUGGGAGCACAGGGCACAGUCUGCAGUGAAAAGUGACGCAAAGUGAGGUAUCCAGGGAGAACACCAUCAAGAGACAGAUAAUAGUUUUAAGUGUAUUUUCCCUACAGCACCAUAAAGCAAUGAAUAAAUACAACUUAAAAGGAGACAUAAAGGACAGGGAUAUAGUUAGAAAAAUUCUAUUUAAUAAUGCAAAAUCGUAGAAACAGGGAGGAUUGAUUGAAGUAAACCCACCUGCAUUUAUUACUGACUGAGCGAUAAUACAAGGUUGAAAAUAAAAACAUACAGUUGAAGUCGAAAGUUUA